CAUACUAGUAUUCCGCGUAAGUGGAUCGAAAGUGCGAAGAACAAUCUCAUCUAACUUUGUCGUCGUGGGUUCAGCCAGACUUUCAUCGGAGUGAUCUGGUAUAUUGUAAGCCGAGAUUAAUUCGUUAGAAAGACAAAGCGAAUAGUUUGGGGUGAAAAAAUCGAGACCGAGAGACCAUAAAAAGUGAAAUGAGUCUCAAACUAAUCCUGUCUGUUCUAUUGGUCAUAUCAAUCUUUUCGCCACCGAUGUCCGCUGCCCUUACAACUUUUGGGAAGAGCAAUCCACAGAAUCAAAACACGAAUCAAAACUCGAAUCCACCGCCGCCACCUACACCAACUGGUAAAGCUCGCGAAUGUAAGAUGGAAAGCGACUGUGCUGCAAUUCAAAAUACAACAUGCAUAGCGGAUGCCCGAGAUGGAAGAACUCGAUGUCUUUGCGCUGAUUAUACAGCACCACUUAAUGGUGUAUGUACUAAUAAACACAAAGCUCUUCAUACAUCUUGCAAUUCCGAUGCAGAAUGCAUAGACGAUGCCCAAUGUGUAGUUCGUGACAGCGCAUUGGGAAGACGAUGUUAUUGCGAAGAAGGAUUUUACGAAAAAUCUUUCAUGUUUUGUAACGGUUGCUCAUCCAUCUCUACGUUGCAUACAAUGAUUCCUUUGGCUGCGUCGCUCGUGCUUGGAAGACUUAACUACAUCUAAAAUAUUCAAUCUUUUAAAGAAUUGUCUUGAACUUCUGAGUUUGUAUGAUAACCCACAGUAGAGAAACAUUAUAAUUCUUCGAACCAACGAAUCAAAGAGAAGUCGCUUAGAAGCACAUAUCAAUAAACAUGUUUAGUUCAAGGAAAGAGUAAAAAGUACGAAUACAUUUCAGAACGGUAAUGCACAUUUAUGUGUCAAACAACUAUGAACUAUGAGAUAACCCUUCCUUAUAUGCAGCAUUCCAAUAGUCGCGCACUUUUUCUU